AUGGAUAUUCCUAAAACAAUUCAAACACUUCGAUAUGAAAAUGAUAAAGACAAGCGCCUCAUACAAUCGUUGCAAUUUGAAUUCAGAGCGAAGCUUGGCCAUGAAUUAACGUCAACUUCUGAUAAUGGCGAGUAUACACCAUAUUCAGAACAAUUUAUCGAAUAUGAUAUAUCUACAGAAGAAAAAUGCAAGGAUUUAUUGAAUUCGGUAUUGAGUUCACCUAUAUCAAUAAAUUCAUUUUUAUCGAUUUGCCAAGAUAUCGAAAAGCAGUAUCCAUCUCUUAUCUAUGAUUUAGAUUCUACACUUAUCAAACUAUCUGAAAGCGAGAAUACGAUUUCAAAAUUAAAAAUAUUACAAAAGUAUAUUGAAAACGAUACAAGGAAAACCGAAGCUAAUCUUAAUUUGAAGAAGAUUAAAUCAAUACCAGCAAGUAAUGAGCUGUCUGCAAUUUGUUCCGACAAAUCAUUUAUUCCAUUAUAUAAAUUUGAUGAUAAUUUCAAUAAUGGCGAUGAUGAAUGUCUUCUUAUUUUAUUCAAUGAUCUUCAUUUUGUUUUCAAUAAUACGAAACAUGAAAUCAAAUAUUGUAAAUCUCUAAAUUCAAAAGAAAUUUCGACAAUUAAGUAUUCCGAUAUUCUUGAUGAAAAUAAAGGCGAUGUAUACUGUUUGAACAAUAUUAAGACAAAAUUGUAUAUCACACAAAUCAAAAAUGAUGAAAUGACAGUUACAAUCUUUCCAAAAGGAUUUGUGUCCAAAAAUACAAUGAAAAACGAAUUUUCAAUCAAAUUGAAAGGCAAUGUCGAUACAUCUGCUAAAAUUGACAGAAAUCCUUUUAACGAGAACAUCAAAGUUUUUUAUGAAGACGGAACAUCACAGAAUAUUGAUUUAACAAUUAAGAAAAUUGGACCAGAUGACAAAUUAUAUUCAGAUUCAAUCUUCGUUACAAAAGCUUAUUAUGAAGAUUCAAACAAAGUUUUAUAUACACACAGUUUCUGUUCUUUUGAAAACAAUUUGCAUUUCACAAAACAGAAAUUCUAA